CUGACAAGUGACAACUGACAGUUCGUUAAUGAAAAACGCAAAUAACGUAAGAAAUUUGCAAAAUCGAUUUGUAAAAAAAUCGGAAGUGAACAUUUUUACAUACAUAAUUUUAAUUUUAAUUGUUUUAAAGUAAAUUAUUAUAUUUAGUUAUGUCAUAUCAGUUGUAUAGAAAUACUACUAUUGGAAACACAUUACAGGAAAGCCUUGACGAAUUGAUACAAUAUGGACAGAUAACACCUACAUUGGCUGUAAAAGUGUUAUUACAAUUUGAUAAAUCUAUAAACCAAGCAUUGUCAAAUAAAGUGAAAUCUAGAUUAACCUUCAAAGCUGGUAAACUCAAUACUUAUAGAUUUUGUGACAAUGUUUGGACAUUUAUGUUAAAUGAUGUGGAAUUUAGAGAAGUUCAAGAAGUUGCUAAGGUUGAUAAAGUUAAAAUUGUAGCUUGCGAUGGAAAAAAUGUGGAAGAAAGAAGAUAAUGGAAUAAUUGUUUUCUAAGAAUAACAAUGGAAUAAGUAAAUCAAGAAUCUGAAGCCGAAUGGACACGAUUUGUUUGAUUUUGUUCCACACUUGUGUAAUGGGCAAAUCUCUUUCUAAAUAAAUUAAUUAAGUUUA